GCCCGGAGGUCGUGGGGUGUGUCGCCAUGGGGUGCGCUUGGGAUGGGAGGCAGCGGGAGGAAUGCUGCUGGUCUGGAGGGGCCGGGAUGCUGCGGGCAGGGAGAGCCGGCUGUUUCGGGGCUGGAUGCGGUGGGGCUGUAGGCGUGGGCAGCCUUUGAGGAUGGGGCUAAAUAGCGGAAAGUGUCUUGGCGCUGUGGGGCUGGGUGCUACUGACCCGCGGGAGCCGGGCGCUGUGGAGCCACCGGAGGGUGCCACAGGGCUGCGCUUGGGUGCCUGGACCUGGCAGGGGAAGGCCUUCUCUUUUCCUGGGGUGGGGCCAAAUCCAAGGAUCCCCACCCCUCGGCUGUGAGUUUGGCAGUGCUCUUGCCUGUGCUGGUGGUUGCUGUCCCAUUCCCCUGGGCUCGGUGCCCCGCUGGGAUGUGGGGACGGCCGUGGGCAGGUCGAUGGCUGGAUCCCAGUGCCCGGCUGGGCAGGGGAAAGUUGCGUGGCUCUGGUGGAGCCUCAUCUCUGUGGUUGUGCUGCUAUCUUCAGGCAGCUGUCUAGAGACAGUGGGUCUUGCUCUGGAGCAGGCUGGCUGCCUCCUCUGUGCGUUCCCUGCCCAACAGCUGCCGCUAUUGUAGACUCUCCGUGUCACUCCCCCGGCCCCCUCCCCGCUGGGAAAGACGAGAUGGGACCAGAGAGCACCUGAGCCCAGAUGCUGAGGGGCCUGUGCCCCCUGCUCCGUGCAGAGAGACAUCCCAGCGACAGCGGCCCCGUGGCCUCCGGGAGCUUGGGCUCAGCUUCUUCAGCUCGGCAUCCUCGUCAGUUCAGGGAGCUGCACUGCCGACAUCAGCGCGUCAGGGAGGGGAAACCCCUCCGGAGGGACAGCCAGGCAGCAGGGUGGCCUGCCCACGCAGAGCUCCUGUCCCCCCAGGCGUGGUGUGGCAGGGAUGAGGAGCCGGCAGCGGAUGUUUGCUGCGGUGAUGCGCCUGCUCCUCAAGUGCCUGCGGCUGGGGCGGCGGCGGCGCUUCAAGCUGGUGCGGCAGGUGGAGCAGCUGUGGCACUACGGGCACCUCUGCCUCCGCUCCCUGCUCUACAACUCCUUCACCAAUGGCGAUGUGGUGCUUGACUCUCUCUUUGAGCCGGUCUACUGGCUGGUGGACCAUGUCACCCGAUGGUUUGGUGUGGUGUUUGUGGCACUGGUGAUUGGGCUGACGAGCUCUAUUGUGGCCAUCGUGUACAUCUGCCUGCUGCCCCUCAUCCUGCAGACCUACACACCUGCCUGGAUAUGCUGGCACCUCGCCUAUGGACACUGGAACCUCAUCAUGAUUGUCUUCCACUACUACAUGGCUAUCACCACUUCACCUGGGCACCCACCACAGGCCAAGAAUGACCUCACUGGUGUGUCCAUCUGCAGGAAAUGCAUUGCCCCUAAGCCAGCUCGCACCCAUCACUGCAGCAUCUGCAACAGGUGUGUGCUGAAGAUGGACCACCACUGUCCCUGGCUAAACAACUGUGUGGGACACUACAACCACCGCUACUUCUUCUCUUUCUGCUUGUUCAUGACCAUGGGCUGCAUUUACUGCAGCAUCAGUGGCUGGGACAUGUUCCGGGAUGCCUAUGCAGCCAUUGAGAGAAUGAAACUGCUUGAGAAGGAGAGACUGCAGGUGGCUGCCAACCAGACAUACUACCAGACCCCACCACCCACCUUCUCCUUCCGCCAGAGAGCUUUCCACAAGAGCGUGGUCUACCUCUGGGUCCUGUGCAGGAGAUCAGACAAGCCGACCCACUUAGGUGGCUGUGGGUGCAGGGAGGUAGCCUCAGCCCCUGCCAGCUGCAGUGUCAGGGAAGGAAGGCCUGUGUUCUACCUGCUGUCCCUUGUCAUACCUAGCUCGGUGGCACUGGCCCUGGGUGCCCUGACGCUGUGGCACGCUGCCCUCAUUACCCGUGGGGAAACGAGCAUUGAACGGCACAUCAACAGAAAGGAAAGGCAGAGACUGCAGAAGAAAGGCAAGGUCUUCAGGAACCCCUACAGUUACGGCGGCUGGGAUAACUGGAAGGUGUUCCUGGGUGUGGAUGUGCCAAGGCACUGGCUCACCCGUGUCCUGCUGCCCUCUCCUCACCUGCCCCAUGGGACAGGCCUGAGCUGGGACCUGCCUCCCUGCGUGACAGAGCAACGCGCGCCACUCCUGGCCAUCUGAGGCCCUGUGCUCUGGACAUCCCUUCCUGCAGGCAGGGGAGCAUGUGGGGAACCCACUCCACACUGCAGCUUCCUUUGGCCAAAGUGCCUGGCAGAAGGCUGGCACAUAUCACUGACUGGAGCCAGAGCCAUGGGAAACGCUAUGGACAAUGUUGGUGCCUGGACACCUGCCCUCUUGGCGGCUGCAGGCAGCCCAGGGGCGAGGUGUCAGAGCUGCUGCUCCCUGCUCCAGCUGGACGUGCUGCCCUCAUUAGCACAGGUAUGGGCCAGCAUUGGCCCAGCUCAGCUCUCUGAAGGGCUGGGCGCAGAGGAUGGCACCCCCAAGUGCUCCCCGGGAAGUCUUUUUAAGACCAUCUACUAAACACUGGUUUUUUUAA